CUUAAAUUAUCAGCUGGCAUGCCAGUGCCACUGGAUGAGGCUGGUCAAAUUUGUGGGGCACUUGGAAAGAAAAAUAUGCAAUUACAGACAGUUGGACAGUGAACCAGUAAGCCAACUAAACACAAAUGGACAAUUCCCCAGCAACAACUGCUACUUUAAUUUGACCAAUUAUUGCCUAUUUUCUAUCCCUUUCACAUAUUUAAGAGGAGGGGUUGUCGGUUGCACAUGGACAAAAGAUUAAUAUGAUCCAUAAAUAAUUAUUUUGGGGACAACUAUGUUUGAACAAGACUGAGGGAGGAUUGGAUAUAAGAGAAUUCAUUCCUUGAAGGUUAAGCACUUGUUUGUUUCUUCACCAAACAUUGGUGUUUGUUUUGUUAUGCGGUAGCACAAUAGGGUAAUCCAUAGUGUAGCGAUGAAAGCCCACAAUCAGGAGGAAUGUUAGAGUGUAAUAGGGUGGAUUCUUGGUUCGGGAGAAAAAUAAUUAAAUUAGGUACACCAGUUACUUGAUAUCGAAACAUUAAGACGCAUCUAAUUGAGAAUAGUUGAUCGAGAGGUCUUGUGUUUGAAUCUUGACGACCUCGCUUGUUAAGUACAAUAGUCAUAUUUAUGCAAACUUCAAUUCCAUAUAAGUUGACUUUCAUACGUGUUAUGAGCGGUGUGUUAGUAAAUUGUCCUCCAAUUAAUAUAUGGAGGUUCUCCCCAGAAUCCCACUUCAUUCCCUUUUUCCUGCCCUCUGCGCAUAACAAUGAAGAAUGCCUUGGUAUUUUCCCAAUUAACUAAAGUAGGAGACGGUGGCUUCUAGGUUAUUUGUGAGGCUUAUUAUCCACCUGAAUUGAAUUGGUGUUGCCACCAUCAAUUAUUAAUUAAUGAAGAGAUGAACAAAGCUCAAAAAAGUAAAAAACAAAGCACAUGUAUUGAACCGCUGAGAGAGACAACUUGAAGUGAAGGUAAAUUAAGAAGGGCGAGUGGCUUUACAUGGAAGUUGCACGGAUGAUAAUCAUAACCAUUAGUAUUACUAGGGCUGGAUAGUUAUUCUAACUGUGACAAUAUAUAUAAUUAAGGAACGCAUUACCCUGGUUACAUUUUUUUAAAGUAACCACUGUGGCUACCUCUUUAUUUACCAUAGAGAUUAUCCGAAUCCAAUUUGAGGGCCCUAGUUGCUGAAGGGUGUUUCCGGAAGGGAUCCACAUUAUUGACCCGAUAUCAGAGGGGAUUUUCCUCAUUUCACGCUUCUCCUUCUUUAUUUUUUCUCCUUAUUAGUGCCUUUCCCAAAACCCUUUUCCCUUCUGCAGAAGCUUUUUCGGCGGAGCCCUUUAUUAUUCCCGUCGCCGCAGUCCCUCUCCGAAGCUGCAAGUUCUCUUCCAUCUUUUUCGGUCUCUCCGCGACGCAGCGAGAGACGUUUUCUUUUUGGUCUCAGACGCAAUCAUUCCUUUCUGUUCGACGACUGGUUGUUUCUUUGUUGGUGGAUCGACGAGGGUUCUCGGUGGUUCCCUUUUGUUUCAAGUUCCUCCCACUCCGAUGGUGCACCGACGAAGUUCAUUUUAGCUCCUCUGGUGUCCUCGUUUCCGUCGGAGCUUGGGGACGAUCAAUGCAUCCCUUUCCGUCGUCAGCACAUCGCGGCGAUGAACAACUGGUCGGAGGAAUGGCAAGAACCAAGAAUCCCAAUCGUGGGGUUUCAAAGAGCAAGAAACCUACCAGUGGAGCCUUAAGAAAGAAGGAACCUAUGAGCUACACAAGUCGCCAGGUUCAAGUUGGAGGUGGUCAAACCUCUGCCGCUGCUGAAGCUGUUCCAGAGAGGGUUAAUGGAAAUUCUAAAUCACCUGGCAAGAAGUGCAGCCCCGCAACAAUUAUAUCAAUCGUCGAGAAUGGUAUAUCGGAUGCUGGUUCUUGCCCCUGUGAACAAGGAUGCUGGUUUUGAAAAAACCUCCAGGUAAUACUUUGUGCAUUUCUGUUCGUGUUGUUUGCAUUAUAAUGCAUAUAUCUUACUUCUGCAAUUGGUCCGUAAUGCUACAGUGUUUGUAUUGGUAGAUGAUUUGUUUUGCUACCUAUUGUUCAUCCGCUUUGGUAGUGUUUGCAUUGUGCUUUGGUAGUGUUCUUCAUUUUCAUUAGUAGUCACCUUGCAUCUGCUUUCGUAGUUUUUCCUUUGCUUUGGUACUUUUUGGAUUAUGCUUAGGUAGUUAACAAUGUGUUCAACCACCUAACUCUAUUAUGCUCAUUUUUUGACAUUCAUGCAGGUGACAUCGGUGGUUCAUCUUUUAAAAUCCUAGUUCCAUUAAAGGACGUUGCUUCUGAAAGCAAUGAUGAGUGAAAUAUGUGCGAAGCAUCUAGGUGUACUUUUGUCUUUCCUGCUCACAGACAAUUCCCGCACAAGUUGUCCAACCUACUAAGUUAUUCUCUUUUGCACUUUUUCAAAUUUGUCUCUCUUAUGACUCUUAGCAGUAUGUAACUAAACCUCUAAAUUUGCCAUGUAAACUACUCCGCUAUUUCCUGUUAAACUCUUUGGUUUGCUUUGUUUAAGUUGUAAAGGUGUUCUUUUGGUAGUGGUUGUCUUAUACAUUGGUACCUUCUUUUACGAUUUUAUUUUCGUAUUUGGCGCCCUUUCGUGUUACAAAUUUAUUAGUUUUAAUAGGACAUACAAGAGCGAUCUCUGUAACCAAGUACCCAGAGGUGUUAGAAUUGCAACUGAUCCAGUAGAUCUUCAUGGUAAAGAGAUUGUCCUUUACAACACCGGACCUGAGAAAGCUUCCUCUUCUUAUUAGGCUCCGUGUCUACCACAACACCUGCAUUCUUUGGAUCCAGCUUGCUGGCCGUUUUUUGAACCCUUCUUUGUUGCACCGUGCUCCAAAGUAUAACACCUUCCGUUCUUUAAGAUAUUUUAGCUUUUGAGUCUGUUGUCCAAUACAUCGUACUCCAAACCCCCUCCAGUGUGCGAAGUCCUUGUAGAACUUGACAAAUGCUUCCCGAUUGUUAAAUCUCAAAUGUUGCCAUGUCGAUUUGUCAUCUGGUACAACUUUAUACACUUGAUCUGCAAAUUGUAUAUAAAAAACGAAUAACUACCAUUGCACUAGCUCAUAUUACCACUAACAAAUCACUACCAUUACAGUAUCUCAUAACUACCAUUGCGGUAACUACCAUUGCAAUAACUAAUUACUACCAUAGCAACCAAUAGGAAACCAAUACAAUCCAGUAAUGGACAUAACGUACAUGAAUACCAAUCCAAUGCGACACCCAACCAUACCACCACCAUCAAUAUUCAAAUACAUUUUUAAAUGCACACACGUACUACAAAUACUAAUCGAACCACUACCAAUGUGAAACGACAAAGUAAGCCAUAAUACCAGUCCAAUAUAGGAAAUACCAAUACCAAUGCUGAUCGAACAACCAAUAAUAUUCCAACAAAUACCAAUACAGUAACUUCCAUUCCCACCUCCGUCAGAAUUGUCCCCUCCAACACCUACGUCACCGGUCUGAUCUUCGUCGAUAUCUGACCCUUUCCAAGAGGUUGCCAACAAAAAACAGUCUUAAGA